UGUGUGUGUGUGUGUGUGUGUGUGUGUGUGUGAGCUGGUAUGAUCGAGGGUGCGCGGUCAGGUGCACGCCAGAAAGAAUGUGUGUGUGUGUUUUGUUCGAUCACUGUAGUUCUGCGUGCAUGUCUUUGCCCGUUUGUGAACAUAAAUGUGAUAUGAACAAAGAAUGAGCCUAUGUGAAGCACAAAGUUCAAGUGUUCCCUUUGCGUGUGUGGCCAUGUGAAGGCCAAUGAAUCCGUGUGAUUACAGUGCCAAGUUAUGAGAGGGAAGCGGUUAGUUAUGCAUGCAAGAACCAAGUCUCUAGGAAGCAAUACCAACAUUAACCCUUGAAUGGUGUGGCGAAGCCAACUACAAAAUUGUCAGGAUUCGUGGACUGCAAUACCCCUAUUGACCAUGUGGGGCCCUCAGUGUUCCUGUUUGCCAGUCACAUGCUUGAGUCUUGUCUUUAUUGUGUCAUUAUGUUCACCUGAGCCUUGUUUAUAUAAGCCUCCUGAUUUUCUGUGUCUUUGCUCAGUCUUGAUUUGACACCCUGUGAUGACACUGCGUGAGGUUUUUCUAAGAUUUUUGUUACCUGUUUUUGAAUACCUUUUGUUGGAACUGUUUAACUGCCUGGACUGAGUUUCCUUGCCUGGAUGUAUUCUGAGUUUUUUUUGCCCUGUUUUUGGAUACUUGUGCCUGACUCAAGUAAAAAGUUCUUGACUUGAACAAAUCUCUACUGAACUUCUCCUUGUCUCUCCAUCUGAGUGUCUAACACCUCCAGAUGAGGACCAUUUUCUGCAUUAUCUUCAGUCUGUUUUACGGGGUAUCCUCAAAAACCAUCAAUGUUGCCUCUAAUGGAAUACUAACGUUACAGCCCCUGGUUGAAGGAGAGAUAGAAGACAUUCUGUGGAGGCACAAUGGCAACAAGAUGGUGGAGUGGGACAAUAAGGCUGUACACGUCAGGGAAUAUUUAAAAUUCAAGGGGCGGAUUAAGUUGGAUGUAAAAGCUGGGGAUGCAACUAUUAUAAAUCUGGCCAAAGAUGACAGUGGAUUGUAUGACGCAGAUAUUAUAAUUCAAGGAAGGUUAAUCAGCAUAAAGCACAGAGUUGAAGUAGUUGACCCUGUCACUGAAGCAAAUGUCACCUGCCUAAGCAAUGCAACACUACACUGUGAGGCAGAGGGUGACUCUCUGGACUACAGCUGGUCUGGGCCUGGACUGCAGACUGCAGAGAUGAGGGGUCAGACUGGACCACAGAUCAGUAAGGAGAACCAGGACUCAAUCUACACCUGUGUGGUGAACAACCCCGUUAGUGACAGCAGUGUGACCUACCAUGCCAGUGACUGCUUUACCUCAGGUGAUUACUUCCAUUUCAUGAUAUAACUAUCUACAAUCCUCUUACGAAGCGUGAUCGUAUUGCUGUUAGUUCCAUCUUGUACAGGCUAUUGCACGUUACAUGGCCACAUGGAACUUUCAAUAAAAACGCCUCACCAUUCACAGCAGGUAUAACAAUAACAGUCAUUCUGUUGUAAACGCAGGAGAUUAUCAGCUCAUCCUAGGUGUAGUGUGUGCUGUUGCUGUUAUUGGAGUCAUUGGUGCCGCUGCUGGGUUGGGCUAUUACCGCUACAAGAUCAACUCAAGAGGGCAGAAACACACUGGAAAUGAGAUCAAACAUGAGACGGAUGGAAAGAUUAUAACCAA